AUGGCCUCUGCCAAUAACUUUACCGAAGCCGCUCAGAGGUCACUCGAGGCUGCUCUCUCCCUCGCCAAGGAGCAUUCCAACUCACAGGUAAGCUGCAGGCAGUCACUCUUCCCCCAGAACGACCAUCGCUGCAUUCGUGACGUCAACCGGACACGAGCUGACCUCGUCUCCUCUUCCACAUAGGUCGCCCCAGCCCAUCUCGCCUCGGCCCUGCUGACGCCUUCGACAGCAGAGGGAGCUCAACCAGGACAGACCUUGUUCCACUCCAUUCUCAACAAGGCAAGUUUCCCCCGCCUCCACCUUCACCACCCCACCUCGUGAGCCACAACUGACCAUUUCUUCCAUUUGCUUCUUUCUCCCAGGCUGGCGCACAACCCGAAGUCUUUGCACGGUCCCUGGCCAAAUUCAUCGUACGCCUUCCCGCACAAGAGCCCGCACCCGAUGAUGUCUCGCUCUCGCCCGGGAUGGGCAAGGUCAUCACCACCGCCAACAAGAUCGCCAAGGAGAAGAACGACACCUUUGUCGCCCAGGACCACCUCAUCCUCGCGCUCGUACAGGACUCGGCCAUCACCAACAUGCUCAAGGAGGCCGGUUCUAACGUUGAGGCCGUCAAGAAGGCCGCCGAUCAAGUUCGAGGCGGCAAGCAGGUCAACUCGCGAGGCGCCGAGGACGGCUUCGAAGCACUGUCCAAGUACGCUCGCGAUCUCACCGCCGAAGCUGAGCAAGGUCGGCUCGACCCUGUCAUUGGACGAGACAACGAGAUCCGACGCUGCAUCCGCAUCCUCUCGAGGCGGACCAAGAACAACGCCGUCCUGAUCGGUGAGCCCGGUGUCGGCAAGACUGCCGUCGCGGAAGGGUUGGCCCAACGAAUUACGAAUCGCGAUGUUCCACCGUCCUUGCUCGGUCGAUUGUGGGCGCUCGACGUUGGUGCUUUGACCGCUGGUGCUUCGUACAAGGGUCAAUUCGAAGAGCGACUCACGUCCGUCAUCACCGAGGUUGAAAAGUCUGAAGCGCCCGUCAUUCUCUUUAUCGAUGAGGUGAGUUCACCACGAGCUAGGCUGACCUCCUUCUAUCGAAACUGACUAUCUCCUCUCCUUUAUACGAUGACAGAUGCAUCUGCUCAUGGCCGGUCAAGGAGCCUCGGGCGGUGGGCUGGACGCCGCCAACAUUCUCAAGCCCUCGCUCAGUCGAGGCAAGAUCCGCUGCAUUGGUGCGACCACUCUUUCCGAGUACCGCAAAUACAUCGAGAAAGAUGCCGCUUUCGAACGGCGAUUCCAGACCGUGCAAGGUAAGUCUGAUUGGCCUAGUAAAGUGUUUCGAACUUUCACUGACCUUUUGGCCUUCUUUGCUUCCUACCGCAGUCAACGAGCCGUCGGUCCCGGAAACGAUUUCGAUCCUGCGAGGUAUCAAGGAAAAGUACGAGCUGCACCACGAGGUCAGCAUCGCCGAUGCGACGCUCAUCUCGGCCGCCACGCUCGCCCAUCGUUACCUCACCUCACGAAAGCUACCCGAUGCCGCCAUCGACCUCAUCGACGAGGCGGCCUCCGCCGUUCGCGUCGCUCGCGAAUCUGUACCAGAGGAGGUUGAUAAGGUGAGUCCAGUCCGAAGCGUCGUGCUCAAUGUGCACACCAGAUGCUAACCUCGACCUUCCCACAGAUUGAACGCGCCAAACUGCAACUCGAAAUCGAAUUGCACGCAAUCCGCAAUGAGCUUUCCAAGAACAAGAACGACGAAGUUGCGAAGGCCAAGAUCUCCGAACUCCAACAGCAAGUGGCACACCUCGACGAUCAACUCAAGCCCAUCAUGGCACGUCUGUCCGCUGAACGGAGCAAGGGCGAAGAGAUCAAUACCAUCAAGCGCAAAAUUGACGAGCUCCAAGCCAAGGCCGCGGACGCCGAACGACGCUAUGACCUUGCAACAGCCGCCGAUCUUCGUCACUACGCGAUUCCUGACCUGCAAACUCGUUUGGCAAGCCUCGAGACCCAGAAGAAGGAGGAGGAUGCUCAGGCCAGGGCAUCGGGGGUUGAGAUGCUCGCCGGCGACGUCGUGCUGCCGGAACACGUUCAAGCGGUGGUGUCGCAAUGGAGCGGCAUUCCUCUGCAGCAGCUGCGUCUCACCGAAAAGGCGAAGCUGAUGAAGAUGGAGUCGAUCCUGCGCAAAGAGGUCGUGGGGCAGAAUGACGCCGUCGCCGCAGUCGCCAACGCCAUUCGCCUUUCUCGAUCCGGUCUCUCGAAUCAAGAACGACCGAUUGCCUCGUUCCUGUUCGUCGGUCCUUCGGGAACGGGCAAGACGCUCCUGUCCAAGGCUCUGGCACGCUUCUUGUUCGACUCGCCCGACGCGAUGAUCCGAAUCGACGGAUCCGAAUACAGCGAGAAGCAUUCCAUCUCGCGCUUGAUUGGAUCUCCACCUGGCUAUGUCGGUCACGAGGAAGGAGGUACUUUGACCGAGUACGUUAGGCGUCGACCGUACUGCGUCAUUCUCAUCGACGAAAUCGAAAAGGCGUCGCGCGAAGCCAUUCUCUUGCUUCUUCAGGUCCUUGACGAUGGGGUGAGUCGUUUUCGCGCCAUGAUUCAUUCUUCAGCGCAUGUACUGACUUCGCUUCCCCUUGCACAUCCGCUCACAGCGCUUGACGGACUCUCAGGGACGCGUCGUCUCGUUCAGGAAUGCCGUCAUCAUCAUGACUUCGAACCUGGGUGCCGCCUACCUCUCCGACCUUCCCGAAGCGGACACCAUCCCCCCUGCGACCCAAGAGCUCGUCCAAGGGGCGAUUCGGGCCCACUUUCCACCCGAGUUCAUCAACCGCAUCGACUCGACCAUCAUCUUCGCCCGCCUCUCGAAGGACCAAGUCCGCUCGAUCGUCGACAUCCGCAUCGCCGAAGUCCAAAAACGACUACGCACCAACGGUCGCGACAUCACUCUACAAAUCUCACCCGCGGCAUUGGACUUCCUCGGUUCGAUCGGUUAUCACCCUUCGUACGGUGCUCGACCUUUGAAUCGCGCUAUUCAGACCGAGCUGUUGAACCCGCUUUCGAAACUCAUCAUUGAUGAAUCGAUUCGCGAUGGAGAGAUCGCAAGGGUCGAGUUCGAUGCGCAGGCCAGCCGGAUCGUCGUGUUGGGCAACCACGAACCGCUCAAGAUGGAUAUUGAUGGGGAUGCCGAUUCGGACGAGGAGGAUGAGAUUCAGGUGGAAGAGUUGGAUUGA